AUGCACUGGUCUGGUCUUUCGACAUGCCGCAUCUUCACCACUCUCUAAACUCCCAGCGGCUGCCGGUUUUGCCGGAAGAACUCAUCGUCGAGAUCCUUUUGAGGCUUCCGGUGAAAUCCCUUGUCCAAUACAAGUGUGUUUGCAAAUCAUGGAAAACCCUAAUCUCUGAUUCCCAAUUCGCAAACAAUCACCACCUUCUAACCUCAAAAGCGUAUCCACGAUUGUUCCUUAACGAUGGAGUCCACGAAAUCGUAUCAUACCCGGUGAAUUCAUUGUUAGAAAACCCAUCAACUCCUGUUAUACCACUCGUUAGCUUCAGCUUCAGAAUGGACUUGCAUAGUAUUCUAGGUUCAUGCAAUGGUUUGCUUUGUUUGUAUCAUAUUCAUACGCGUCAAUGCAAAUUAUUGAAUCCUUCCAUCCAAUUGAAAUCCCAAGUAUCUCCAACCAUUGUAUUAGAUUUUGAGAUUAUCAUACAUCAUGGUUUUGGUUAUGAUCAAGUUAACCACAAGUAUAAGCUACUGUUAGUUGUGCGAGAUGUGGUGUAUUGGGAUCUUGAACCUAUGACUAGAAUUUAUACCUUUGGUGAAAAUUCUUGGAAAUCUCUUCCAAAUUUCCCGUGUCUUCCUCAUAGGGGUUUAGGGGUAUAUGUGAGUGGCACUUUGAAUUGGAUAGUUGCUAAAGAUGGUGUCAAUUCUAAUCAAUGUGUGAUUAUUUCCAUUGAUCUUGAGAAAGAAAAUUACGGGGAAGUGUUGCUACCUCAACAUGAUGAUGCUCACAAUGUACGCUAUUCUGGAUUGAAUGUGUUGAGUAACUGCCUUUCUGUGUGUUUUGAUCAUUCUAAGGAAAGUCAUUGGAUUGUAUGGAUGAUGAAAGAGUAUGGAGUUGCUAAGUCAUGGACUAAAUUGUUUAUCAUCCCUCACGACAAGUUCAAGUUUAGGCAUCUUUUUGUUGACCCUUUGUUCAUUUCAGGAAAUGGUGUUGUUUUGCUGAGAAUCAUCAAUUUCUUACUUUCCAAACUUGUUCUGUAUAACUUAUCUGAUGGUAGGAUGGAUUAUCUUCGGAUUUUGGGCAAGAAUGAUCGGGAUAUACAUAUUUACCAUGCUCAGGAUAUACAUAGCGACAAUGGUCGGGAUAUACAUAUUCACCAUGUUCGGGAUAUAUAUAUUCACCAUGAGAGUCUAGUAUCACAGCAGUGGUAAUUUAAAGUUGAGACAAAUGACAAAUCAAAGUAGUAUAGGAAAUGCUCCUUUACAAUUAACUUAUCUACGCAAGGAGAAGGACAUGAUCAAACUACAACACCACUCCUGAAGGAUUUAAAAGCAAGCCACACGAGGAUAGUUCAUAGCCACCACUACGUUCCUUGCUAAGCUGCUAAAAAAAUUACUUUAUAUUCUUAGUGAAGAUAUCAUGUUUGAUAGUUGAUUUGGUUUGUACUUCAAGUGAUUAUCAAAGUGGUAGAGGCAGUCGAGGGAAAUGUUAUAAAGUGAAGUUUUUUUGUUUUAAUAAUUUUUUUAAGUUGAACUGAUCCCCAAAAACUUGUCUAAAACCGAUCUGAUAACCCGAACUAACCAAUGUUCAUCUUGGACGAUAGUGUAAUUCCUGUGAGAACUUUGUAUUCCAAUUUAGUUAUGUAUAUCAUAUAUGAUGCAAAUAA